AAUAAUACCCGACCAUAAUAGCUUGAUUUCCAUCUUGGCGAUGCGUUUUCUCCAUUUUGAAACGCCGGCGACUCCCAAGUCCAGUUCCGUUUACUGCUUAGAGGUUAAGGAUGAGUAAGCCCGGCGGUCCCGGCGCCGGAGGUGGACCGACGGCGGCAGCCGCUGCGGCGGCUGCGCAGAAGCAGAAAUCCCUUCUGCAAAGGGUCGACACUGACAUCGCCAAUAUAGUCGACAACUUCGGCCUCCUUGUGAACGUUGCUCGGGUAAACGAUCUUCCCGUCCGGAACGCGCAGGAGGCGUUCCAGAUGGAAACGCGAGCCUCCAGAAUGGUUCAGGCGGCAGACUCGCUUCUUAAGCUGGUGUCGGAGCUGAAGCAAACGGCCAUUUUCUCAGGCUUUGAAUCUUUGAACGAGAAUGUGGAGCGGCGAAUAGCGGAAUUCAAUCAGCUGGAGGAAAGCUCGGAUCGGUUGCUGCAGAGGAUCGGGGAGCAGGCGGCAGUCAGCCUCAAUGAGCUGGAAACCCAUUAUUACUCUUCGGUCCAGAGGGCUCAUCGUCAAGUAGGAUGAUUAGUAGACAAACACAUAACGGUAAGAAAGCAAGAAAGAACAGUUGGUCGGCGGCUGGUUGGACUCGAAGGCUAGAGGUUGGGCUCGGCAGUCGGCCGGCGGCGCGGCAGGCUUCGUGGCAGGCGGCUGGAGGUUGGAUUGCGUGGACGGUUGAGGCUAGGGCACGGGGGUUGGUACGAAGCGGCGUGCAACAAUCGUCGAGUGCAGUAUCAGGUAUGAACAAUUGCUAUCUCAAUUAUGCUCAGCAGAGAGAAGUUGAGGGAGAGACGAGAGACAUUGCUUGCAUUCUUUCCUCUUUUUUUUUUUUCGGUUUUGAGAGCGUGAGAGUGAAUGGGGAGGGUUUCAUUAUUUUGUGUCGUACGUACGGGUGGUUACGUGAGAUCGUGCGAUCAUGGGUAAGGGGGGGCCGACAAUUAGAGGUAUGCGAUCAACACCUAUCACACAUCAUUAUUACUUUCUCCUCUACUAAUAUUGCUUGAUAGUUUUUAAUAUUAAACCAAAAGUGAUGUAUCAUAUACAAAAUUUUUGUACUAGAAAGUUAUUUUAAGAAGCAGUAAGAAAACCGUCCCAAAUGAAACCUUAGUCUUUAUCAUCCUAUUAUUCUAUAUAAAUAUAAAUGGUGUUGGUCACUUCCUCCUUGACUUUGAUUUGCAAGGCAAACAGUUCCUUAUGAACAUUGUUGGCGUUUAGUGUCGUACUCGACCAUUUCUUCUUCAAUAUUGCCAUAAAAAAGGCUCCUUUCUAGUGGUUUCAUGAUUGUAAUGUUUGUUCUGAGUCAAUCAAAACAGCCUUUUAUUUCUUUUUGCU